CCUACGCGGUGGGGGCUGGCCCGGCGGCGUCUGGAACUCAGGGUGGGCAGCGGCGCCCGCCGGUGGGGCCGGCGGCGCUUAGGUUAGGGGUGCAGAGGAGGCCCCGGGUAGCUGCCGAGAGUCCGGCCCUCUCCUCCCCGGCCCGAGACCGGACGGGGCUCCGGAGCGGAGGAUGUUUGGUGACGCUUGAAUUGUGAGAGUGCCCCGAAGUUGCUGAGUGACCUUGGUGAAGUCCCUUGUAUUGGCUUUCACUUCCCUCAUCUACAAAUGGAAUAGAUUAGCCUCUUAAGAUCGCUGUAAUGUUUGUGUUUUACUGGUGUAGCUGGAGACCAGGGACAAGAUGACCUCUCUAUCCCAAGGCUGGAACAGUUGAAGGCAACUACACAACAAGAUGAGAACAACAAAGGUCUACAAACUUGUCAUCCACAAAAAAGGAUUUGGGGGCAGUGAUGAUGAACUCGUUGUGAACCCCAAAGUGUUUCCUCACAUCAAGCUUGGAGACAUUGUGGAAAUUGCUCACCCGAACGAUGAAUACAGCCCUCUGCUUUUACAAGUUAAGUCACUUAAAGAAGAUUUACAGAAAGAAACUAUCAGUGUGGACCAGACUGUAACUCAAGUGUUCCGGCUAAGACCUUAUCAAGAUGUCUAUGUAAAUGUUGUGGACCCUAAGGAUGUGACCCUUGACCUAGUAGAACUAACUUUUAAGGAUCAGUAUAUCGGCCGUGGGGAUAUGUGGCGACUAAAGAAAAGUUUGGUCAGCACAUGUGCCUAUAUCACCCAGAAGGUGGAAUUUGCUGGUAUUAGGGCACAGGCUGGUGAGCUGUGGGUCAAGAAUGAGAAGGUCAUGUGUGGUUAUAUCAGUGAAGACACCAGGGUGGUGUUCCGUUCUACAUCAGCUAUGGUUUACAUAUUUAUUCAGAUGAGCUGUGAAAUGUGGGAUUUUGAUAUUUAUGGGGAUCUUUAUUUUGAGAAAGCUGUGAAUGGUUUCCUUGCUGAUCUGUUUACAAAGUGGAAGGAGAAGAACUGUAGUCACGAAGUCACAGUUGUCCUGUUUUCUAGAACUUUCUAUGAUGCAAAAUCUAUUGAUGAAUUUCCUGAAAUAAACCGAGCCUCAAUUCGACAGGAUCACAAAGGGCAAUUCUAUGAAGAUUUUUACAAAGUGGUGGUGCAGAAUGAGAGGAGAGAAGAGUGGACUUCACUCCUCGUGACCAUUAAAAAGCUCUUCAUCCAGUAUCCAGUGUUGGUGCGGCUGGAACAGGCAGAGGGCUUUCCUCAAGGAAACAAUUCUACCUCAGCACAAGGAAACUACCUAGAGGCCAUCAACUUGUCAUUCAAUGUGUUUGACAAGCACUACAUCAACCGCAACUUUGACCGAACUGGGCAGAUGUCUGUGGUGAUCACACCUGGCGUGGGUGUCUUUGAAGUGGACCGCUUACUCAUGAUCCUGACCAAGCAGCGGAUGAUAGAUAACGGAAUUGGUGUGGAUUUAGUGUGCAUGGGAGAACAACCAUUACAUGCCGUCCCAUUGUUCAAGCUACACAAUCGGAAUGCUCCUCGGGAUUCUCGCCUGGGCGAUGACUACAAUAUUCCUCACUGGAUAAACCAUAGUUUCUACACAUCUAAAAGCCAGCUCUUUUGUAACAGUUUUACCCCACGAAUAAAACUAGCAGGAAGGAAGCCUGUCUCUGAGAAAGCAAAAAAUGGCCGUGAUUCAUCUCUUGGAACUCCAAAAGAAUCUGAGAAUGCCCUUCCCAUCCAAGUAGAUUACGAUGCCUAUGAUGCUCAAGUGUUCAGACUGCCUGGCCCAUCCCGAGCUCAGCGCCUCACCACUUGCAGGUCCAUGCGAGAAAGGGAGAACCAUAACCGCAAAAGUGCCAGCUCCUGUGAUGUCUCAUCCAGCCCUUCCCUGCCAAGCCGUGUGCUGCCUGCUGAAGAAGUGAGGAGCCAGGCUUCUGAUGACAGCUCCCUGGGGAAAAGCGCUAACAUCCUGAUGAUCCCACACCCCCACUUGCACCAGUAUGAAGUCAGCAGCUCCUUGGGCUACACCAGUACUCGAGAUGUUCUGGAGAAUAUGAUGGAGCCUCCCCAGCGAGACUCCAGUGCACCAGGGCGGUUCCAUAUAGGCAGUGCAGAGUCCAUGCUACAUGUCCGACCUGGUGGAUACACACCUCAGCGUGCGCUCAUCAACCCCUUCGCCCCCUCACGAAUGCCCAUGAAGCUGACAUCUAACAGACGGCGAUGGAUGCACACUUUCCCUGUGGGACCAUCUGGAGAGGCAAUCCAGAUCCAUCAUCAGACCCGACAAAAUAUGGCGGAGCUUCAGGGCAGCGGGCAGAGGGACCCAACUCAUUCCUCUGCAGAACUGUUGGAGUUAGCGUAUCAUGAAGCAGCUGGAAGGCACAGCACUUCUCGCCAGCCUGGUGACGGCAUGUCCUUCUUGAACUUCAGUGGAACAGAAGAGCUUUCUGCCAGCCUGCUUAGCAACAGUGGUGCAGGUCUGAAUCCCAGGACCCAGAAUAAGGAUUCUCCAGAGGACAGUGUUUCUGCCUCUCCAGACCCAAUUCUGACACUGUCUGCUCCCCCUGUAGUGCCAGGCUUCUGUUGCACAGUUGGAGUGGACUGGAAGUCUCUCACUACUCCGGCGUGCCUCCCUCUCACCACCGACUACUUCCCUGAUCGUCAGAGCCUGCAGAAUGACUACACAGAGGGCUGCUAUGAUCUCCUCCCAGAAGCAGAUAUGGACAGGAGGGAUGAGGAAGGUGUGCAAAUGACAGCCCAGCAGGUGUUUGAAGAGUUUAUUUGCCAGCGUCUCAUGCAAGGAUACCAAAUCAUAGUGCAACCCAAGGCCCAGAAACCCAACCCUGCUGUCCCACCGCCACUGAGCAGCAGUCCGCUCUAUAGCCGAGGCCUUGUGUCUCGAAACCGCCCUGAAGAGGAGGAUCAGUAUUGGCUGAGUAUGGGCAGAACUUUCCACAAAGUGACUCUCAAAGACAAAAUGAUCACAGUGACGCGGUACCUUCCCAAAUACCCUUACGAAUCUGCUCAGAUCCAUUACACCUACAGCCUCUGCCCUUCCCACUCAGACUCAGAGUUUGUUUCCUGUUGGGUAGAAUUCUCCCAUGAGCGGCUGGAGGAGUACAAGUGGAAUUACUUAGACCAGUAUAUUUGUUCUGCAGGAUCUGAGGAUUUCAGCCUAAUUGAGUCUCUGAAGUUCUGGAGGACCCGCUUCCUGCUGCUGCCAGCCUGCGUCACUGCCACCAAGCGCAUCACAGAGGGCGAGGCCCACUGUGACAUCUAUGGGGACAGACCCCGCGCGGACGAGGAUGAAUGGCAGCUCCUGGAUGGCUUUAUCCGUUUUGUAGAGGGCUUGAACCGGAUCCGCAGGCGGCAUCGCUCAGAUCGCAUGAUGCGGAAAGGGACUGCUCUGAAAGGCCUGCAGAUGACUGGGCCCAUCUCCACACACUCCCUGGAGUCAGCAGGCCCCCCGGUUGGGAAGAAAGGAACCUCUGCUCUGUCUGCUCUGCUGGAGAUGGAGGCAAGUCAGAAGUGCCUAGGAGAACAGCAGGCAGCUGUGCAUGGUGGAAAGAGCUCUGCCCAGCCAGCUGAGAGCGGCAGUGUUGCCAUGACUCCCACCUAUGUGGACAGCCCACGAAAGGACGGGGCCUUCUUUAUGGAGUUUGUCCGCAGCCCACGCACAGCAUCAUCUGUCUUCUAUACUCAGGUGUCUGUGGACCAAACAGUUGCUCCAGUGUUGGAUAGCACCAGUUUGGGGGUAAGCACAGGCCAAUCCGUGGACAGAGGCAACAGCCAGGCUUUUGGGAACUCCCAGAACAUAGAACAGGCCUUCCCCUCCACAAACUCCAGUGACAGCAGCUCUCAGCAGCAGGCAGUGAGUUCCUUGACAUCAUCCUCCACCCUGGUAGAGAUCCUAGAAGCCAUGAAGCACCCCUCGACAGGCGUCCAGCUGCUGUCUGAACAGAAGGGUCUCUCGCCGUGCUGCUUCAUCAGUGCCGAGGUGGUGCACUGGCUGAUGAACAAUGUGGAGGGGGUCCAGACACAGGCGAUGGCCAUUGACAUCAUGCAGAAAAUGCUGGAAGAACAGCUCAUCACACAUGCCUCUGGGGAAGCGUGGCGGACCUUCAUCUAUGGCUUCUACUUCUACAAGAUAGUAAUGGACAGAGAACCUGAUCGAGUGGCCAUGCAGCAGCCUACAGCAACCUGGCACACAGCAGGAGUGGAUGACUUUGCCAGCUUCCAGCGCAAGUGGUUUGAGGUAGCCUUUGUGGCAGAAGAGCUCUUGCACUCUGAGAUUCCUGCCUUCCUCCUGCCCUGGCUGCCAAGCCGACCAGCCUCCUAUGCAAGUAGGCACAGCUCCUUUAGCCGAAGUUUUGGAGGACGGAGCCAGGCAGCUGCACUUUUAGCUGCCACUGUCCCAGAGCAGAGGACUGUGACCCUGGAUGUUGAUGUGAACAACCGCACAGACCGGCUAGAGUGGUGUAGCUGUUACUAUCACGGCAACUUCUCCCUGAACGCAGCGUUUGAGAUCAAGCUACACUGGAUGGCAGUGACAGCCGCGGUGCUCUUUGAGAUGGUCCAAGGCUGGCAUCGAAAAGCCACCUCAUGUGGCUUCUUGUUGGUCCCUGUUUUGGAGGGGCCCUUUGCUCUGCCCAGCUACCUGUAUGGUGACCCGCUUCGAGCCCAGCUCUUCAUUCCGCUCAACAUCAGCUGCCUGAUCAAGGAAGGCAGCGAGCAUCUGUUCGACAGCUUUGAACCAGAAACCUAUUGGGAUCGAAUGCACCUUUUCCAGGAAGCCAUUGCACACAGAUUCGGGUUUGUACAAGACAAAUAUUCUGCCUCUGCUUUCAACUUCCCUGCUGAGAACAAGCCUCAGUACAUCCACGUCACAGGGACGGUGUUCCUGCAGCUGCCCUACUCCAAGCGCAAGUUCUCAGGGCAGCAGCGGCGGCGGCGGAACUCCACCAGCUCCAGCAACCAGAACAUGUUCUGCGAGGAGCGGGUUGGCUACAACUGGGCCUACAACACCAUGCUGACCAAGACGUGGCGUUCCAGCGCCACGGGGGAUGAGAAAUUUGCUGAUCGGCUGCUGAAGGACUUCACGGACUUCUGCAUCAACCGUGACAACCGGCUGGUCAUGUUCUGGACGAGUUGUCUGGAGAAGAUGCAUGCCAGUGCCCCAUGAAGCCAGGCUGCGCUGGGCUUGGAAAGCUGUGCCCGUGCUGGGGAAAGAGGAUCCGAGUCAGGCCUUCAGCAUCAGGUGUUAGUUUGGCACUAUCUGUGAGUGGGGGCCGUAGCUUUCUGUCUUCCCCUGAGUAUUCCUCUGUUCCAGGAGAAACUUUGGAAGCAGCUGCUGCCGCUACCACCACUGAGAUCCUGUUAGCAAGUGCCCAGAGCAGGAGGGAGGCACAGACUGUCUGUGGGAGGCCUUUGGGGUCUGGAAAAGUGGGCAGGCAGCCCCCAUGAAUAUCCUUGGAGAAAGGGUGGCCCCUGUUAGUGGCCUUCUCCACCAUUUGUGGGAUAAUCGGAACAGAAUCUGCCACUUCCUUCCCAGAAGUAUGCACAGUGUGUAAGAUAAUUAUGUGAAAUAAUGUACCAUAGGCUCACACCAGCUGUAUAUACCUGUAAAUACAUAUCAGAAGCAAAUAAAACUUCAUGUGCAGCAUCUCUGUCCCCAGCCUUGUUCCCAGCAGCAGUCCCAUCCUAGCUGGGCAGUCACGUCCAGUCCAUAAAAUAAGCACAGAGGGGGAGGACUUCAAGAAGACAUGGUUUGGGCAGUCUGGCUGUGAGUUAACUGAGAGAUGUUUUUUUUCACAGACCCUUGGGCAGCAGCAGGGGUACUUCCAGUCGGCACUGGUGAGAUGACUAGGUAACUUUAGGCUUGUGCUAUUGGAGAUGAAUCUUGCUAAAUGAGUGAGUCCAGCUCUGGAAUGUGGGCAUCAUGGCAUUCUGAAACAUGUCAAAAGGAAGGCCUCUCUUGACUCUUAACUUCUGUUUAGGUCCCGUUGUUUAACAGGAUAGGCCUCAGCAUGGAGCCUCAAUCUUAGCACCUUGCCCUAACCUGCUUAGGCGAGGUAGGGGAGCUGCAAGCCAGAGGGGAGAACCUGGAAGUUGCUACCACAUCCUCCUCCACCUCUUCACCUAGAAUGAAUCACAGGCCCUGUCGAUUUACCUCCUGAAUAGCUUACAAAUUCAUCCACUUCUCCUCAGGUCCUGUGUUCCCUCUUCAAGUCCAUGUUGAUUCUUGGCAUGAUUCUUCUUCUUUGUCUUUCCCUUACAUCGCUAGGAAAACCUAUCUUGUCUUUACUUUCAGUCCAGGCCAUUUUCUACUGUGCAGUUGGGGCCUUUUGAAGAAAACACUCCGGUUGUUUUUGCCACUUAUUUAGAAUUCUCUGAAGAUUUGAACUCCUUAGAUGUGAGGCUAGGAUGUAGUUCAUUGGUAGAGCAUUUGCUUAGCAUGCACAGGGCCCGGGGUUUGACCCCCCAACCCUAGUUUCCCACCCCCAAAAUCUUGGAUGCAGCCCACAUGGUCCUGCACAAGCAUUGUGUAGUUCUUGAAACUUUGCAAAACUCUGCCAGUUCAGGACCUUUGAACAUCCUAUUCCAUCUGAACUUAGAGCUCCUACAGUGCAGCUACUGAUGUUGCAUGUAGAGAUUUUGAGAGACUAGGUUUGUUAAUAUAGAUCAAAGAGUAGUUGUUGAUUCUUGGCAUGGAACUUUCUUUUCCUUUUUCACCUUCCCUUGCCUCAAACAAACCAGUGCUCUCAAAACGUCAGUCUUACCUAUAUAUAAAAUAGGAAGCUAUCUCCCAAGGUAGCUGAAGGUAUAUGUCUCUGAAAGGAUUUACUAACAAGAAGGCAGUAAAUGAUGGUUUUUUUUUUCCCUCAACGGGCUGUUCUCACAUUCCUGGAUGACGGUCUUCUUCUCCAUGCUCCCAAGCCAGCUUCCUGAGUGAUGGUGCUGAACACAAUAGCUCCUGUCCUGUCCUGAUCAUCUGGCAUGAUCAUUUGUGAUCCUCAGCAUCCAGCAUGUAAAGCUAAAAGUUGCCCCCAGUUUCUGUCAUGUGUCCGCAGAUGGCCAGGAGAGAAAGACUCAGAAUGAUCUGGCAAGAAGGGGUGGGUUAUGGGAUAGAAUGCUGGGUUCCUUGCCGGUUAGAGCUGAACCUGAAACACCUGCCCUUGAGCCCCAGUUCCCUCUGCCUGCUCCCUUGCAGUCCUCUCUCUGUUGGGUAUUUCCUUCCACCCAUUACCCAAGCCACACUCUGAAGCCUAACUGAAUGCUUGCCUCUUCCACCAUCACCCAGUUUCUCCCACUUUUCCACCUAACCCGUCCCUCAGUCCUGUCCACCUCCCUCCAUCCCUGCUGCCUAGGUGCAGAGCUCAGCUCUCAGGGAAUACAUGACUUGAUUAGGUACUGCUAUGAUUUGAAAGGUUCCCCCCACAACAAUUUCAUGUAUUGAAAUCUUAAUCCCUAAAGCUAUGGCAUUUGGGAGGUGGGGCCUUCGGCUGGUAAUAAGGAUUAGGUGAGAUCACGAGGAUGGGACCCUCAUGAUGGCCUUAGUGGCCUUUAUAGGAAAAGGAAGAGGCCCAUGCUAGCAUGCUUACUGUAUCCCUCCAUGUGAUCAUGCCCUCUACCAUGUCAUGAUACAGCAAGAAGGCCCUCACUGGAUGCCCUUGCCAUGUUGCUGGACUUCCCAGCCACCAGAAAUAUAAUCCAAAUAAACUUCUAUUCUUUAUAAA